AUGCCGGACAGGAGAGGCGCGACCCUGCUCGAGGACCUGCCCGAGGAGAUCAUCAACAAGAUACUCGUCCUGUUGGGGUCCAAGGACGUCGGCCGCUGUCGGGUUGUGAACACUUCAUGGCGCAGUGCCACAUCCACACCUGAAUUCAUGCUCGAACACCACCGACGCCAGCUGUCGCUCCCCAUUGUGGAUGGUUGUGGAAAGCCUGCCAAUUAUGUCGUCUUCGGCGACGCCGGUGCUGGUGCCUCCAAUCAACAGCUUUGGCCUUUCCUCUCAAGCUCCAAACGCCGUUACUGGAAUCAGCCCAGAGCCGUCUGUGAUGGCUUCCUUAUAAUUUAUUGGGGACACAAAUUCUACAUCUGCAAUCCAGUUACCCGCAAGCAUGCUCUCCUACCACAGCCUCAAGUUGGGCAAGGCAUCCACAGUACCAUUGUCGGUUUCUACCAGCACCAUCCAACUGGAGAAUACAGGGUUCUCUGGGUCUCACGGUCACAAUCACAAUACUCCUCUGAAUCCAGCUUAUAUGUGCUCACAGUGGGAUCUGACAGGCCAAAGUUCAUCAGUGUCAGAAUGCCAACAGUCUCAUCGUCUUCCACACAACAGAAGUUAUUGAACCAGCUGCCCUCUUCAUCUGACUGUUCAUCACCCGUACACCACCGUGGCAGGCUGCACUGGCUUCCUUAUGAUGACAGCCACAUUACAGUAGGCGGUGGAGAUAUUAUUGUGUUCGACACAGAAACAGAGUCAUUCAGGUGGAUGUGCAGUCCCACCCAGCCCUGCCGUUAUAGGAAGUUGUUUGACAUGGAGGGGACGCUAGCUUGGUGUGGCGGCUCGGUUUCCAAGUCCACUUCUAUGGAUGUCUGGGUGAUGCAGGAUUACAAGGCUGAAAUCUGGGCUUUUAAGUACCGGAUUGACGUGUCAACGGUGGAGGCAUCAAGACAACUUUAUUUAACUUCUUUCAGAAAGAAAAAGAGUAGACCACUCGAAUCUGCGGUGCAAUUGUUUAAUGAUAUGUCUGUGCUAAAUGAGCGUGAGCUGCUGAUCAGGUUUAACCACAAACAUGUGUUGCGCUGUGAUAUUGAUGGCAAGUUCUUAGGUAUUGUGAACAUUGGAAAGCGUCAGUAUCGCAUGUGUCUUACCCACCACUGCCUCAAAGAGAGCGUUGUUCCAAUUCCAGGCCAUGAGAUGCAAACAGAUGAGGAGGCUCCAUUCUUCACAUAG